AUGGGUGCAAUUGAUGGUAAUUCCGACUUCUUCAGCACCGCGUUCAAAUUUCUGUUUUGCGUCAACUAUAAUACCUCGUGGUGCACAACCAGCUUGCCGUGUUUUUCGGUUCUGCCUUUAUUUGGUGUUCUACGGAGGACACUCUCCGAACUUGACGAUCUGACAAGUCUUUCCGUUACCCAAAUCUAUCAGAAAAACCUGGAAGAAGUAACACAAAUAUGUACAUCAGUUGCUUCUAAUCUCGUGCAGCCGAAAUUAGCUUCGAUUUGUGUCUGUUUGUUUGAUAGGCUUCUAAUUCUUAGUGUCCAUCAAGCAGGCCUGUCGGCCGAACAGGUGGCGGAGCUUGUUCUGUUUUCGGUCCCAGAACUGGUGGAAUUUUGUCCCAUCUCUGUGGCAUACUUCUAUGGUGGCUACUGGGCAAAUGCGAAAAUAAAUUCCUGCCCACUUCUGGCACUUGGUUGCACGGUGCGCUCUAAAUGUAUCAACACAGUCGUUGCUCCUGUCCCCGUGCCCAGGUCGGCACCGCUUUCGUGA